AUGCAGCCGGACCUCCCCGUCGGCGACGCGGCGCUGCGCAGCCCACCGGCUCCUGAGCCGGCCGGUGGCGCCUUCCCCAGCGCUGAGGCCACCAAGCCACCUUACAGCUACAUCGCCCUCAUCACGAUGGCCAUCCAGAGCGCGCCCGAGCAGCGCAUCACCCUCAGCGGCAUCUACCGCUACAUCAUGGGCCGCUUCACCUUCUACCGAGAGAACAAGCAGGGCUGGCAGAACAGCAUCCGCCACAACCUCUCCCUCAACGAGUGCUUCGUCAAGGUGCCCCGUGAUGACAAGAAGCCGGGAAAGGGCAAUUACUGGACCCUCGACCCAGACUGCUACAACAUGUUUGAGAACGGCAGCUUCUUGCGGCGCCGCCGGCGCUUCACCAGGAAGAGGGGCCUCCGGGAUGCUCCAGGCACUGAGGGAGAUGAAGGGCGCGGGAAGACCCCCAGGCAGCGAGGGCUGCCCACUGCCCCGCUGCCGGAGGAGGGGAAGGCAGAGGGGGGCUACUCCUCGCCGUCGGCCACAGCACGCCUGCCGAGCCCUGCCGCUGUGCCCGAGGGUGCCGGGGUGCCGGGCUGCGCUGAGCCCUGUGCCCGGCGUCAGCCGCCCAAGGCCAGGCAGCCCUGCCUGUACCUGCCGGACAUGCCACAGCCCAAGGGGCCGUUCUUCACACCCCCUGAGAGCCGCCCGCCCAAGGAGACUGUCUUCGGGGGGCUCCCGGCGGCACUGCAGCUGCCCAGGCCAGGUCAGUACCCAUUGCCCAGUGAGCGCCCGGCCCAGCACCAGCACCCUGCCCUGCUGCCUGCCCUGCUGCCCACCCAGCACAGGGACCCCCCGCAGGACUCGCCGGCCACCCCAGACACUCCCCCAGAGCAGCUGGAGGGCAAGGAGCUGGCUGCCCCUGGGUUGGGGCCGUGCCAGCCAUUCGGGCAGGUGCCACCUGCAUUCCCUGGCAACCUCCUAGGCACGGGCAAGCCCUCUCCAUCCUGCUUCCUGGAGGGAGAGGGCUACACGCAGCCCCACCUGCCCGUGUUCGGUUCCUUCAGCCGGCCGGGCCCCGAGGCGCUGGGCAGCAGCUACCAGUGCCGGGUGCAGGCGCUGAGCUUCUGCAUGAAGGAGCGACCCUGCAGCACAGCGCUGGAGCAUCUCCUGGCUGCAGCACCCCCGGCUUCCACCGCGCCCCGCCAGGCACCCUUCGGGGCCAUGGGGCCACGGGCAGGUGAGCAGAAGGAGCCAUGGGGGCCAGGGACCACGAUCCCACUGCAAGGGGGUAAUGGCUACCCCCUGGGGCUGCCCCCCUGCCUCUACCGAACACCUGGCAUGUUCUUCUUCGAGUGAGGAACUCCCCACCCUG